AUGACCAGUAAUCGAUCACAUAUAUCGGACGUACUAAAUCGAUCACGUUCGCGCACUAGUAGCGAAGGUAAUAGACAAGCAAUGCAGGAUGAAGAUUAUUUAACAAUGUUAAAAAAAACACCAAUGCAACACAUCAAUAGUGAAUUACUGAACUAUCCACUACAAAGAGCAUUUAGUCAACCAGUAACAAAAACUGCAUGUGUCAUACAAGAUCCGUCAAGUCAACGUUUACAUUGGACUAGUCCACCACUUCAUAUUAUGGUUAUUCGAAAACCGGGUAUAUCAACACUGCCCGAGUUUCGAGAAAUAAUUAAUGAAUUACUUCGACGUCGUCUUUAUGUCUACAUUGAAGAUAAUGAGCAUACACAUUUACCAUUUACAACGGAUGAAAUUUUGAAAAAAUAUGGUGAAAAUUGUAUCGCAUUUGAUGAAGAAAAUGAUUUGGAUAAAAUUGAUUUGAUUGUCUGUUUGGGUGGUGACGGUACACUUCUUCAUGUAUCAAGUCUCUUUCAAGAUAGUUGUCCACCAAUAUUAUCUUUCUCUAUGGGCUCAUUAGGCUUUUUAACACCGUUUGACUAUAAAAAUCAUCAGAAAGUUCUUGAUGAAGUUCUUGCCGGUAAUGUUGCUGUUUUACUUCGUACACGACUGAAAUGUUCCAUAAUAAAGUAUCGUGAUCCCGAAUCAUUAGAAGAUACGGAGUCAUCCACGCCCAAAACUAAAUCUACAGAAUCAACUGAACCAUCAACAAGAAAUUCCUUGUCGCCAGAUCUAUUUCCGGAUGAUAAAAUAUCACAUUUAGCAUUAAAUGAAGUUGUCAUUGAUCGUGGUCCAAACUCAUAUUUGUCAAAUUUGGAUUUGUACAUCAAUGAUAGUUACAUAACAAAAGUUCAAGGAGAUGGUUUAAUUAUCUCAACACCAACAGGAUCAACAGCGUAUGCAAUGGCAGCAGGUGCAAGUAUGAUUCAUCCAAAUGUACCGUGCUUACUUAUAUGUCCGAUUUGUCCACACUCUUUAUCAUUCCGACCGAUUGUCAUUCCAGCUGGCAUUGAAUUACAAGUAAAAGUAUCAGAAGAUACACGUUUAACAGCCUGGCUGUCUGUAGAUGGUCGUAAUCGGCAUGAAUUGCAUCACAAAGACACUGUACGAAUAACAACGAGUGUUUAUCCGGUACCAGCUAUUUGUCGGUUUGACCAGUUAGGCGAUUGGUUUGAAUCAUUAGCUGGCAUAUUGCAUUGGAAUGUACGUAAAUCUCAAGCUGCAUUCAAUGACACGGACAUACACGACAAAGAGGAUGAUUCGUCAGACACUCCGGCACUAUCACCAACAAAUUCUAAGUUGAAUAAUGACAGUGACAACGAUAAUACGAAUGAGAACAAUAUGGAAAACAAAAUGUUGUGA